AUGGCCCGUCGACUUAAUCUCAUUGCGGCCGUGGGCCUCCUCGUGCUGGCAUGCAUCAGCCUCGUUGCUGCAGACAAGUCAGCCGGGUGCGGCAAGAACCCGACGAUCAAAUCUCAGCAGUACACGAUUCAGGUCAACGGCAAGCAGCGCCAGUACUUCAUGAAGCUUCCUGACCGCUACGACAAGGACCGCGCGUAUCGCCUCGUCUUCCUGUGGCACCAGCUCAACGGCAGCGCCCAGAAGAUUGUGAAUGGCGAGGACCCCAACCGCGGCGGUGCACUGGCAUACUACGGUCUCCCGCCGCUGUCCAACAACAGCGCCAUCUUUGUGGUGCCCAACGGGCUCAACGCGGGCUGGGGCAACCAGGGCGGCGAGGACGUCAUGUUCUUCGACCAGCUGGUCAAGACCAUCGAGGCCGACCUCUGCGUCGACACCAAGCUGCGCUUCUCGACGGGCUUCAGCUACGGAGGCGCCAUGUCCUUCGCCCUGGCCUGUGCGCGGCCCAAGGACAUCCGCGCCGUCGCCGUGCUCUCGGGCGGCAUGCUCAGCGGCUGCGCCGGCGGCAACGACCCCGUGGCGUACUAUGGCCAGCAUGGAACGUCCGACUCUGUGCUCAAUGUCAACGGCGGCCGGCAGAUGCGCGAUCGGUUCGUCAAGAACAACGGGUGCACGCCUGUAUCGCCGGAGCCUCAGCCCAACGGCGGCCAGUCCGUCAAGACCGUGUACAAGGGCUGCAAGGAAGGGUACCCUGUUACGUGGGUCAUUCACAACGGCGAUCACAACCCGUCUCAGGUCAACAGCGGAUCGUCGACGCCUUUUGCACCAGCAAACACAUGGGAGUUCUUCUCACAGUUCUCUUAA